AUGGCGCUGCUGGUGCGCGCGCGGCUCUCCUCGCUGGACGACGACGACGACACGUCGUCGCUCUCCUCGGCCUCCUCCUCCCCGCCGCUCUCGCCCGCCGCCGCCGCCUCCUCCACACCGCCGCCGCCGCGCGCGCGCGCCGCGGUGCUCGCCGCCCCGCGGGUCGCGGCGCAGCUCUCGUCCACGGAGGAGGACGUCAGCGAGUCCUUCGACGACACCACCGCCAGCUCCGGCGACGACGCCGACCUGGCGGAGGAGGUGUCCAACGGCUUCUUCUUCACCGUCGCCAGGGUGCCGCCGCCGACGUCCGAGGACCCCAGCCCGGUCCCCGGCAGCGAGGCGGCGGCGGGGGUUGCCGCGGCGGCGGCGCCCGAGGGCGGGGACAGCUUGGGCGACGCGGAGGAGCCGCUGGAGGACAGCUCCGAGAGCGUCUUCGAAGUGCUCGAUGCUGGCGCGAGGAACGGGUUGGAUGGCGGCGUCAUUGCGGAUGGCGACGGUACGGACGCCGAGGGUUCGCUGGGUGGUAGCUUGCAAACUUCCGGGAGCUUCAUUGGCGCACAGGAUGGCGGGGAGCCUGCCGCAUCAGGUGAUUUCGUGACCGUUUCAGAUGGUACCGUGCUGAAGGAUGAUGAUAAGCAGGGGGAGCAGGCUGUCAAUGACGCGGAGUCUGAGCCUUUACUGAUGCCUGUUGCUGGGGUCAAUGACCUGGGCACCGUGGAUGCUUUGGAAGGGAAGGGCGUGCCUGAUCGCGAGGUUACUGAAUCGCUUCCUAUUCCGGGUGCUACAGAAGGAGAGGAUGCUGGUGCUGAACUUUGCAGCGGCGAGUCCGAUGCAAAAGGUAGUACAGCCAAGCUUGAUACCAGUCCUGAAUAUGCUGCCACAGGAGAGGUCACAUCCGACGGCGCACAAGUUCGUGAUAAUGUUGAUAACCCAGACUCCAUUGCAGAUGGUGGCCAUAAUAAGGUAGGUGAGGAAGGUGACGGUUACCACGAUGCUUCUGAUGAUCUUACAUCCAUCCCAAUCUCUUCAAGCGACGAUGCUGUGGAACUUCUUGCAAAAGAAUUGGAGGACAAUGUGCCUACUUCCAAAGUCACACGCUUUGGUUUGGAUGAUUCGGAUGAUGCGGAGAUCAAUGGCGAUGAUGACUAUGAAGAGGAGAUGAAUGGAAAGGAGGUUGAGCUUAUAGCUUUAAUCGAGCUUCUAAGGGCUGCAAGCAGCUCACCUGAACAAGGCAAGGCCAAGGUUUUCCCAGUUGAAUCUUCUGAACCCAGGCAGCUGCCUCCUACUGUAGCCAGCAAUGCUAGGACGAGCAUGGCUUCUGCUCCUGUGCCAGAAGUAACUGCUGACCCUGAGAAAGAGAUGACCGACGAGGAAAAGAAGAUAUACAGAAAGGUGGACAUGGCACGAAUCAAGUACAUGCGUCUUGUUCAUAGAUUGGGGUAUGAUACUAACCAUCAGGUACCAGUACAAGUGUUGUAUCGGCUUAGUCUUGUUGAAGGUUUCAGGCGCGUAAGGAUGACAAACCAUUCCUCAGAGAUCGAGAAUGCCUGGAAGAGGGCUUUGCAGCAUGAGGCAGAGGGAACUGAGGACCUUGAAUUCUCCUGCAAUGUAUUAGUCCUUGGGAAGACUGGAGUCGGGAAGAGCGCAACAAUAAAUUCCAUCUUCGGGGAAGAUAAAUCCAAAACAAAUGCUUUUCUUCCGGCAACAUCAUCUGUGAGGGAGAUUACUGGAGUUGUUGAUGGCGUUAAGUUUCGUGUCAUUGACACCCCUGGGCUUGGGACUUCGGCCAAAGAUGACAAAUCAAAUAGGAAAGUGCUCAAAGCUGUUAAGAAGUAUAUGAAGAGAUGCCCUCCAGAUAUUAUUCUGUAUGUUGAUAGGCUUGAUACGCAGCGAGAGGAGGCAAAUAGCCUAUCUCUCUUGCGAGGCAUUACCAGUGUGCUAGGCCUGUCAAUAUGGCCCAGAACAAUUAUUACUCUCACUCACUCAGGAGCAGAUCCCCCUGAAGGCCCUAAUGGUUCCGCGGUGAACUAUGAUAUGAUUGUGACCCAUCGAACUCAUGCAAUUCAGCAAAGCAUCCGGCAGAUAACUAAUGAUCCUCGAAUUCAGAAUCCAGUGGCUCUUGUGGAGAACCAUCAUGAAUGUCAGAGGAACGCAGAAGGUGAAAAGGUGCUUCCUGAUGGCCUUAUCUGGAGGCGGCUCCUCCUUCUCCUAUGCUACUCACUGAAGAUGAUUGCUGAGAUUGACAGUCUCUCAAACCGUCGUGCGUCUUCUACAAGUUUUUUAGGUCGCUUUUUCCAGGUGCCUCCAAUUCCUCACUUCUUAUCAUCUUUGUUGCAAUCUAGAGAGCACCCUAGGCGUUCCAAUGAACAUAAUGUUGGGAGUGUGGACUCAGAUUUUGACCUAGAUGAAUUGUUGAACGGGGACCAAGAGGAUGAAGAAGAUGACUAUGAUCAGCUUCCUCCCUUCAAGCCACUAAGUAAAUCCCAGGUUGCAAAGCUCUCUAAGGAGCAACAAAAGUUGUAUUUUGAUGAAUAUGAUUACCGAACUAAGCUUCUUCAGAAGAAGCAGUUGAAGGAACAACUCGAAAGAUUUAAGGAAAUGAAGAAGAAAGAGGGCGAUGAUAAUGAUGUACCUUCUGAUGAUGAUCAUCCCGAUGAUGGAUAUGAUACAGAUAGAUAUCCUAUGCCAGAAUGGACCUUGCCAUCUUCAUUUGAUUCUGAUGAUCCUGUGUACCGCUAUCGGUGCCUAGUGUCUACACCAAACCUCCUGGUGCGCGCUGUUAACAAUCCUGAUGGAUGGGAUCAUGAUUAUGGAUUUGACGGUGUGAGUGUCCAACAUAGCCAUGAUGUUGCUAACAAAUAUCCAGCUUCUCUGUGUGUUCAAGUUAACAAGGACAAGAGAGAGUUCACCAUCCAUUUGGAUUCCUUGAUGUCAGUUAAGCAUGGAGACUAUGCCUCGAGCCUGGCUGGCUUUGACAUCCAAACAAUGAUGAACCAGCUUGCUUACACCCUCAGAGGGGAGACCAAAUUCAAAAACUUCAAGAAAAACGUCACUACCGGUGGUUUAUCCAUGACUUUUUUGGGAAAUACCAUGGUGGCUGGAGCAAAGCUUGAAGACAAGCUUUUAGUUGGUAACAGGUUAACACUAUCAGGCAACACUGGUGCUGUGUCCAUGAGAGGUGAUGCUGCAUAUGGAGUGAAUAUGGAGGCAACGCUUCGUGAAAAAAGCUAUCCUGUAGGUCAAGGCCUUGCCACUUUGGGUGCAUCCUUAGUGAAAUGGCGUAAAGAGUGGACAAUGGCUGCAAAUUUGGAUUCCCAAGUCUCUGUUGGAAGGUCUUCAAACAUGGCAGUUCAUGUUGAUGUAAACAACAAACUAACUGGACGGGUCAGCAUCAAGGCCAACACUUCAGAACAGCUGAACAUUGCCCUUUUAGGUACCUGUUCAGUGAUAAUGUAUUUGUGGAACAAGAUGCACCCUGGUGCAGAUCCUAAUGCUGAGUAG